UUUGGCAUCUCCAAAACCGUGACGCUCUCUCCACACGCUAUAAAUGUGGUGCUCGUGUCGCCGAGAUGAGGCUUGAAGCGGCUCGCUUAGUAAUAAAGGCAGCAAGGCCUAGCCACUCCCCGCGCGCGCGCCGAAGAUUCUCAGCAAGAUUCUGAGCCGUCGUCGGCCGUUCGUCCGUCCAAGGAAAGGAGAGCCAUGGUGGGAACCUCCUCCUGGUCGUCGUCCUCGUCGUCGUCGCUCGGCUCCCUCGACGACGACAUCAUCGUCGCGUGCGUCGUCAAGGCAGCGGACGCCGCCGUCGAGGGGGCGUGCGUCAAGUUCCUCUGCAGCUACGGCGGGAGGAUCCUACCACGCCACGCCGACGGCGCGCUGCGCUACGUCGGCGGCGACAACCGCGUCGUCUCCGUCGACCGCUCCCUCCCUUUCCACGAGUUGCAACGGAAGCUGAGGGAGAUGUGCGGGUGGGAGGCGGUGUGCCUGCGGUGCCAGCUCCCGACGGAGGACCUGGACGCGCUCGUCUCCGUCAACGGCGACGACGACCUCGCCAACCUGCUGGAGGAGUACGACGCGGCCAGCCGGGACCGCCUCCAGCCGCUCAAGAUCCGGGCGUUCCUGUUCCCAAGGACGACAGCGACAACGACCGCGCCGCUAUCGCGCAGCCCGUCGCCCACCGCUGCGUCCAGGACGGCACCCCGUGCCCACUACCAGCAUCAGACUGGCAGCGCGCCGUCGUGCGCAUCCCGGUGGGCGGCGCGUCAGAUGUCGUUGCCUCCUGCUCGCGUUCCGCACCAGCAGCAGCAUUACAACCGGCACGGCGGCGACGCGCGGCCGCAACGGUACCUAGUCCAGAGUGCCAGCAGCCGCUGGUAAUAGCGAUCAGAUUGCGAACCGGCCGCGGUCUAGUAUCUGCGUGCCUUACACGUACUCGGUACUCGCGUAACCCUGCGCUGUACGUACUAAUGAAGGUGUUUAAUUAGCAUGUACUGUUGUGCUGGGUCUUUUAAAGCAAAAAAAUGGACGAACUUGAUCAAGUAACUGAAAAUAGAGCAAAACCUUAUUACGGGUAA